AUGGUUGUGGAUGCCCACAAGCCCAGCCAUGAGUGCCUGCUGUGCACGCCAGCCCACUCUGAAAUGCAGUCCACGUCUUCUCAGAACCAAGUCCAGAAAACUCCCGAAGAAAUGAUUCUACACAUCCUCAUGCUUUUCCAGACUGGCAUGGGGACUGUGGCCAACGUCAUUCUGUUCUUCUAUAAUUUCUCUCCGAUCCUGCUGGGCCUCCCCCUGAGGCCCACACAAGUGAUUUUCACCCACAUGGCUGUGGCCAACUCCUUGAUUCUCCUCUGCACUGGGCUUCCACACACGAUGACUUUUGUCCUAAGAAGGCAGCUGUCCGCUAUGCAGUGUAAGCUUGAGUACUACAUCCAUCUGGUGGCUCGAAGCACCACCCUAUGCUCCACCUGCGUCCUGAGCACCUACCAGUUUCUCACUCUCAUUCCUGGCAAGUGCGGCAGGGCAAGAGCCCCCAGGGCCACUGGGUAUGCCUGCUGCAGCUGCUGGCUGUUCAGUCUUUUAAGUAAUAUCUAUGCCCCAGUGAAGGUCACGGGUCCACAGAAUGCACUCAACGGCACUGACUCUAAAAGCAAGUGGUUUUGCUCUGUUGCUAGUUUCAGGGAGGCCAUGGUUUUCUUGCGCAUCACCCACGAUGCUGUGUUUAUUGGCCUCAUGGGCUGGACCAGUGGCUCCAUGGUGCUUCUCCUGUACAGACAUCACCGGAAACUGCAGUAUGUUCACACUCCCAACCGUGAUCACAGUGACACCCCAGAGACCAGAGCUGCCCGCACCGUCCUGACACUGGUGGUCACCUUUGUCAACCUAUACGUUCUAGGCUGCGUGUGCGCUUUGCUUCACAUGUCCUCCGUAGGCACUCCUCUGUGGCUGGGACACGUCUGUGAAGUUCUCGUUGCAAGUUUCCCCACCAUUUCUCCCUUCCUGCUGAUCCUUAAGGACCCUCGGACCCCUCCUCUCACAUUCUUGAGCUGCUGCAUACCACAGCCAAGGUGA